AUGCCAUUUGGUGUAUUCACAGGUGUUACAAAUCAUAGUCUUUCUUACUGUGCUGCUGGUGCUCUGCUUCGUGACGAAACCUGUUUAAGUUUUGAUACUGCACCCCAAACUAUUCUCAUAGACAAUGAUCUCUCAAUGGCUGAUGCUAUCCGUUUUGCUUUAACUGAUAAAUAUAACACUAAGCAUAGUCUCUGUAUAUGUGAAUUUGAGGAGCGUUGGAGUAGUAUUAUGGUUAACGAAAAUUAUGCAGAAGCAAGAUCAUAUUUAAAAGCUCUUAACCAGUUUCUUGAUAGUAAGACCACAAUCACAGAUUUUCUAGCAGCUUUUGAGCAAGCACUUGAAGUUCAUGAGGAGGCAGAGCAUAUUUCUGCAUAUAAAGAGCUUGUUUAUCUUUCUCGUUCAACAUCUCAAAAUCCUAUCAAAAAUCAAGUCACUAAAUGUCUAACAUGA